CAGCCGCACAGGUCACGUGGACGCGUUGUCACGUGACUGCGUCCAUGGCCCUCCCGUUGGAACCAGUGGCCGUGGUGGACACUGUGGGGUAGGGGCUGUUGGGGCAAGAUGGCGGCGCACCUAUCUUACGGGCGAGUGAACCUGAACGUGCUGCGCGAGGCGGUGCGUCGCGAGCUUCGCGAGUUCCUGGACAAGUGCGCGGGAAGCAAGGCAAUAGUUUGGGAUGAAUACCUAACUGGACCCUUUGGCCUGAUUGCGCAGUAUUCGCUAUUGAAGGAACAUGAAGUGGAAAAAAUGUUCACACUUAAAGGAAGUCGUUUGCCGGCAGCUGAUGUCAAGAAUGUUAUUUUUUUUGUCAGACCCAGGCUAGAGUUGAUGGAUAUAAUUGCUGAAAACGUGCUCAGUGAAGAUAGACGAGGCCCAGCGAGAGAUUUCCACAUUCUGUUUGUGCCACGCCGUAGCCUAUUGUGCGAACAGCGGUUGAAGGAUCUGGGUGUCUUGGGAUCCUUUAUUCAUAGGGAGGAGUACAGCUUAGAUCUCAUUCCAUUCGAUGGGGAUCUCUUAUCCAUGGAGUCAGAAUGUGCAUUCAAAGAGUGCUACCUGGAGGGCGACCAGACGAGCCUGUACCACGCAGCCAAGGGGCUGAUGACCCUCCAAGCUCUGUACGGAACGAUCCCCCAGAUCUUCGGGAAAGGAGAAUGCGCUCGGCAAGUGGCCAAUAUGAUGAUCAGGAUGAAGAGAGAGUUUACAGGAAGCCAGAAUUCAAUAUUUCCUGUUUUUGAUAAUCUCUUGUUGCUUGAUCGGAAUGUGGAUUUAUUAACGCCCCUUGCCACUCAGCUGACAUAUGAAGGACUCAUUGAUGAAAUUUAUGGCAUUCAGAACAGUUAUGUGAAAUUACCUCCAGAGAAAUUUGCACCUAAGAAACAGGGCGAUGGUGGUAAGGACCUCCCCACAGAAGCAAAGAAGCUGCAGCUGAAUUCUGCAGAGGAGCUCUAUGCUGAGAUCCGAGAUAAGAACUUCAAUGCGGUGGGCUCUGUGCUCAGCAAGAAAGCAAAGAUCAUCUCUGCAGCAUUCGAGGAAAGACACAACGCGAAGACUGUGGGGGAGAUCAAGCAGUUUGUUUCCCAGUUGCCACACAUGCAGGCAGCAAGGGGCUCGCUGGCAAACCAUACCUCAAUUGCAGAAUUGAUCAAAGACGUCACUACUUCUGAAGACUUCUUUGAUAAAUUAACCGUGGAACAGGAGUUUAUGUCUGGAAUAGACACCGAUAAGGUCAACAAUUACAUUGAGGAUUGUAUUGCCCAAAAGCACUCAUUGAUCAAGGUGUUAAGACUAGUUUGCCUCCAAUCUGUGUGUAAUAGUGGGCUCAAACAAAAAGUUUUGGAUUAUUACAAAAGAGAGAUUCUCCAGACAUACGGCUAUGAGCACAUAUUGACCUUACAUAACCUGGAGAAGGCUGGCCUGCUGAAACCACAGACGGGGGGCAGAAACAAUUACCCGACUAUUCGGAAAACAUUACGCCUCUGGAUGGAUGAUGUCAAUGAGCAGAACCCCACGGACAUAUCCUAUGUGUACAGUGGCUAUGCCCCACUCAGCGUGCGGCUGGCUCAGCUGCUCUCCCGGCCUGGCUGGCGGAGCAUCGAGGAGGUCCUCCGCAUCCUCCCAGGGCCCCACUUUGAGGAGAGGCAGCCACUGCCCACAGGACUGCAGAAGAAACGUCAACCGGGAGAAAACCGAGUCACUCUGGUGUUUUUCCUCGGGGGCGUAACCUUUGCUGAAAUUGCUGCCCUGCGAUUUCUUUCCCAGUUGGAAGAUGGAGGUACAGAAUAUGUCAUUGCCACCACUAAACUAAUGAAUGGAACCAGUUGGAUAGAGGCUCUGAUGGAAAAACCAUUCUAGGGUGUUCAGAAGAGACCUAACAAGUGUACUGCAGAGUAAACUGCCUCAUUGAAGAAGUUGCUGAAAGGAAGUAAAACCCCAUAGAAGAAACAUGGGGUUACAGAAUAUAACCUGGGGUCAGCUUCUUAAAUUAUACUCCUGUUUACUCCUUUCUCCUUCUCUUUUGUAUUUCUUUUCUUUUGUGGUGGGGGGAUGGAGUUUUGCUCUGUCACCCAGGCUGGAGUACAAUGGCCUGAUCUCACCUCACUGCAACCUCCGCCUCCUGGGUUCAAGUGAUUCUCCUGCCUCAGCCUCCUGAGUAGCUGGUACUGCAGGCAUGCGACACCACGCCUGACUAAUUUUUCUAUUUUUAGUAGAGAUGGUGUUUCACCAUGUUGGCUAGGCUGGUCCUGAACUCCUGACCUCAGGUGAUCCACCUGCCUCAUCCUCCCACAAUACUGGGAUUACAGGUGUGAGCCACCAUGCCUGGCCUCUAAUCUUCUGAAGAAAGAAGAAUAGAAGAGAAUCAGCCUGAGUGAAAGAAGCACUGGUUUUGAGGUUUCUAAGCUCAGGGUCUUCAUUAGAGACCUCUGGAAAUACGUUAAGGAUGGUGGGGGUAGAUAUACAUUCAGCCACACAAAUGGGGCCAGCUCUUAAAGCUGAGACUAAGGAGGUAAAACUGGAAAUAAAAAGAGGAAGUCCAUCCC